GAUGUGCAAUGGUUUCAAAUUUUCUGGUUAGCUUAAUGCCGACGCCGUUCCCCGCGCUAUAUAUGUCAAUGUCACCUCUCUCAUGCAUAACCGCAUCUCUCUCUCUUCAUUUUCUCUUCCAAUUCUCUCUCUCUCUCGCGGCUCAAAACUUGCUUGACUUCUUCUUCAAUUUCUUCACAAUACAGGUUUCGAUCAUGACUAGAAAUGGCGCGGCGUCGACCAUCGCAAACCCCAACCGAUCCACUGAGGUGGUUAAACCUCCUAGUGAUUCGGUUUCCAGCCUAAGCUUCAGCCCCAAAGCAAACGUUUUCGUGGCUACUUCGUGGGAUAAUCAGGUAGUUGGAUGUUGGGAGGUGAAGAAAUCUGGUAACGAACUCAGCACUGUUCAUAUGGGAUCAAUGUCACACGACAAGCCGGUGCUGUGCUCUGCUUGGAAAGACGAUGGGACAACUGUGUUUUCCGGAGGGUGUGACAAGCAAGUUAAGAUGUGGCCGUUAGCAUCGGGCGGGCAGCCUGUUACAGUGGCUGUGCAUGACUCUCCGGUUAAAGAAGUUUCUUGGAUCCCGGAGAUGAAUCUCUUAGUCACCGGAAGCUGGGACAAGACGCUGAGGUAUUGGGAUCUGAGACAGCAAUCUCCAACCUGGGUACAACAACUUCCAGAUCGCUGCUAUGCACUGGCAGUUCAACAUUCUCUUAUGGUUGUUGGGACUGCUGACAGAAAUAUAAUCGUCUUCGAUUUGCAGAAACCUCAGACUGAGUAUAAGAGAUUUGUCUCACCACUCCAGCACCAGACUAGGUGUUUGGCUGCUUUUCCUGAUAAGCAAGGUUUCUUGGUUGGUUCAAUCGGAGGAAGAGUUGGUGUGCAUCAUUUUGAUAAGCCGCAGGCAGAUAAAACUUUUACUUUCAAAUGUCACAGGCAAGGCGGUGUGGUUUACUCUGUCAACUCGCUAAACUUUCACCCUAUACAUCACACAUUUGCUACUACUGGAUCAGAUGGAACCUUCAGUUUUUGGGACAAGGAUAACAAGACGAGGCUCAAGGAAACGUCACGAUGCAAUCAGGCAGUAACUUGCAGCAGUUUUAACCACGAUGGUUCCAUCUUUGGAUAUUCGGUUUGUUAUGACUGGAGCAAGGGGGGCGAAAAAUAUGAUCCGGCGACAGCAAAGACCAACAUAUACCUCCAUCAGCCUCUGGAAGCGGAUGUAAAACCCAGAUGUCCUGUAGGAAGAGGAAGAAGGUGAUGUUUCAGACAAGAAGAAUUUCACUUUUGUACAUCAACAUAGGCUAGCAGCAGCAGAGUUAGUUCGAAAAUGGUUAUCAAAAUGUGAAUGUAACCAACUACAAUGUUUUGGAUGUUGUUCAAACUUCUACCACUAUGAAUUGAACUAUCUCUUUGGCUACCUAUGUGUGUGAUUUUAGUCCCAGCAACACAAACAUUCAGUGUAAAAUGAGUUCAUUAUUUUAAUUGGCACAUGUGAUUCUAAAUAAGUGUAAUUUCUCUACUUGAUUGAUUAGUUAAGUGAAUGCGCGAGAACAGUUUUAAAUUUUAUGUUUGAAA